AGAUAAAAGAAAAAAAUAAGAACUGUCGGUGGAUACAUUGAUUUUUGAUAGUCUGCCAAGUCAAGCUGAAGGGUAAAGCCAAAGCCAAAGCCAAAGCCAAAGCUAAAGAAAAGGCCUAUUUGCAAAUUGCACCGAAUAAUCAAUCCUCUGUCACCAACGCCAACACCAACACCAACACCACCACCACCACCACCACCAAAAAAACAAGCUUAUCUCCAAAACUACACAAAGCUUAGAGCAUCGUAUUUUCUCAUCCAGGCAAAACACACAGGUUCAAAGAAAGUAGCAGAACGGUGAGUUUUUUUUUGUAGUGAAAAAAUUAGAAGAUGAACUGUGGUGAUGUUUACAGCGUUGUUGAAUCACAGUACAUACGGAGACACCAUAGGCAUCAGCCUAUGGAAAAUCAGUGCACUUCUGCUCUUGUUAAGCAUAUCAAAGCUCCUGUUCAUCUUGUAUGGUCACUUGUGAGGCGAUUUGAUCAGCCACAAAAAUACAAGCCAUUCGUGAGUAGGUGUGUAGUGAGUGGUGAAUUAGGGAUUGGAAGUGUUAGAGAAGUUAAUGUUAAAUCUGGACUCCCUGCUACUACUAGCACCGAGAUGCUAGAACUCCUUGACGAUGAAGAGCACAUUCUUGGAAUCAAGAUUGUUGGUGGUGAUCAUAGACUCAAGAACUACUCGUCAAUUAUGACUGUCCACCCUGAGGUUAUUGAUGGAAGGCCAGGAACUUUAGUCAUAGAGUCAUUUGUGGUGGAUGUGCCUGAUGGGAACACCAAGGAUGAGACAUGUUACUUUGUGAAGGCCCUCAUCAAGUGCAAUCUCAAAUCUUUGGCUGAUGUCUCAGAGAGGAUGGCUGUGCAGGACUGUGUUGAACCGAUCAACCGCUUCUGAAGUUGUGCGUCUUGGAUAUAAGAUGUGAGGUCUAUUAGAAUUGCUGUGCCAUUUGACGAAUCUAAUUCAAGAGGCUUUAUAGAUAUUGGUGGGAGUAGUGCUUCCUAUUCCAGAAGUUUUGCAUGCAAUGAUGGAUUUCCUUUUUCACGUCUUAGAGACCAUUUCUACCUGCUUUUCCCUUGGUUUGCUUUGUCCCGGAAUAUCCACGAUGGGGCUUCCCCUCUUUCAGUAAUUAGGUUCUUAGACAAGUUUCCUCAAGACUUCCUAUGAAGGGGAAAGAAUCGGCUCUUUUCUUCUGUUAUUUUUAUUUUUCACCGUCGCUUUUACUAGCAUUUGCAUGGUGGUUUGUAAAUGACUUUGGUCACAUCUGUAAAUAUACACGCAACAAACUUGGUAUCUUUGAA